UCCCCAUGACAUAGUAUGGCAUAUUUUGUGUAAAAAUGGGCUAAUACUUAUUUCUAAAAGCUUGACUUACAUGGUGAACCGCCCUCUACCAUAGAAUACAAUGAUAUGUACGCAGGAUUAAUUAAAUUUAAAAUAAUUACCCUAAUUUUAGGACAAGUAGGCUAAACUGCCAUGUCCCCAAUCACGUUUGCUCAACUUAAGGUACAAAUAUAAGUAAUAGAAAUCAAACAAAUUCUACAUUUUUCAUUACUGUUGUAUAGCCUAAUUUAUAAUAUUCCUCACAAAAUGUUAUUUUUUGUUAUUAAUACAUUUUUACUGCUUAAAAUUUUUAAAAUAUGUUGUGUCCCUGAGUUGACUGUCCCCCCUGUUACUCUGAUGCAAAAAUCCCUGAACACGCCCCCUGAUUCUUCAUCUAGUCACAUGACACAGGAAGUAGCUUACAUUUUUGGAGGGAAAAUUAAAUACAAGAAGCAAACACUUGAAAUGCCUCUGACUCUGUGGCAGCUAACAUACAAGGUGCUGAUGGACAGACUGGUGUAUAUGGAAAUACAACAAAUGUGGAGCAUACCAUCGCUGACUUGGCUGACACAAUCCCAUGGAUAUGUCCUAACACCACUUGAUCAGCUGCAGAGGCUCCCAAACUGGCCUUCCCUAAUGACCCUUCCUACUGGCACAGGACUGGUGCUCGACCAAGAGCAUCAACUCCAGCCAGGACUUGGUUGGAUGUCACUAGACGCAAAGGCAAAUCCAGCAGGAAAUCAGUCAAGAGAGCCCCAACGCUCACCCCUACACUUGAACUCUCUCUACACAACAGGUACUCUCUCUACACAACAGGACAAUGAAAUAUGUGACAAUACCAACUACACUGAACCCAGGCAGGCCAAGGCUAUCCAAAAUGCAAGCAAUAGCCCCAAAACCACUGCUAGACCCAGGGCCAGAAAAAACUAUGCUAACUCCACACCUGAGAAGCCAAGGGCCAGGAGAAGUAUCGCUAACACCACACCUGAUCAGCCAGACACCAUCCUGAUCGGAGACUCAAUAACCAAGCAUGUAAGAAUGGCAAAGACUGAAAAUCUAACAGUGUCUGACACGUCUGUCAGGGAGCUAACCGAGCUGUUGCCAGUGAUCCUCUCUACACACCCCAGUAACAUGAGGAUCAUCAUCCAUGCUGGGUCUUUUGACAUUCUACGAAGAAAAACUGGCUCUGAGAUCCUGAAAAAAGACUUUUCCCUGCUCCUGGAGAAACUGAGUGACUGUCAGUCACAAAAUGUGUUCAUUUCUGGCCCCAUUCCAACCCUGGGGAAAGGAAUCGAGUCUUUUACCAGACUCCUUGCCCUGAAUACAUGGCUGACAUCGGCAUGCUUCACUCAUGGGAUAAAGUUUAUUGACAAUUUUAACAUCUUUUGGAACUGUAAGGAUCGCUUUCAGCGUGAUGGGAUUCAUCCGAACAUCACUGGAUGCAGACUACUCGGGGCCAACCUACGUCAUGCUCUUGGAAUGCCAUACCAAAACAAGAAUGGACAGAUAAGAGCCAAGGACAAGUACGGGGCACAGAGACAGACAGCCUGCAUCUCUCCCCCUUCACCUGACCCUUUGCUCCACAUCACCCAAGGCAUUCAGAGGAUGUCCCUGUCCCAGUCAGGGAUCCAACAACCCCCCUCCUGCCCUUCACCACAACCACCAAGGAGCCAACGUCGCCCCCCCCCCAGCACCGGCGCAACCACUAAGGAGCCAACGUCGACCCUCCCCACCACCACCACAAUCACCACGGAGCCAGCGUCAACCCUCCCCCCCUCCACCACGCUCACCAAUCAAGGAGUUAGUUAA